UAUAUAUAUAUAAUAAAUGAUAAUGUAAUUAGACUAACUGUAAAAGUAAUAGACCAUUAUUACUUGUAUACUUUCCAGAGGUAAUGGAAAUACAGAUUCUUAUUCAUUAUAAAUGGAUUUAUUGUAUGUAUACCUAGUCAUUGGCGUUACUAACAGACAUUUUACACUCAUCUCACAUUUCAACACUUUAUAAAGCAGACUUAGGCAUAAUUGUUUGCUGCCAUGAUAAGAGAAAAAGAAGUGGUCAGUGGAAGACAUGUUUGAGACUAAUACUGGAUUUUAUUUUUUAAAUGUUGGAAACACAAAGAAUAAUCCAUCAAGAAACUGUAUAAAGUAUAUUUAUUUCAAUGGAAUGUUCAUGAUCUAUCUUUUUAUAUUUUGAAGAAAAAAAUGAAACAUAUCAAUAAAGUGUCAUAAUUGAACAUCAUUUCGACUAAUGAGACUUAAAAUGUAUGAAUGUCAAUGCGAUCUAAUGUGAACACAAAUCUCUAUAGCCGCUUGAAUUAAUAAAUGAUUAAAGUCAUGAAAUGCCUUUUUAAAGACAUUAAGUUGCUUCAAAUCAUAGAAAUGAACUUCAAUUAAAUUAAAAUCUUAAAAUCAUUUAAGUACAAAACCUUGUGUCGGCUACUGAAUGACCUUGUAUUUUAUUUGUAUAAUGACCCUGUCAAAGUUAUCUAGACUUUGUAUUGAUCUUCAUAAAACUGACCAUUCUCAAAGUCAUUCAAACAUUUUGCCAUUUCAAACAGAAAUGGCAAAAAAACAAUAUGUGAUCACAAUUGUUAUUUUAGGCCCUUAUAUACUCAGCAUACUGUAUAUACCCAAGAUUAAAAACAAUGUUGUCAUUUUGUCACAUUAUUGUGUAGAAAUGUUAAAUAAUGUCAAAUUGACCCAUUCAACCUGUGUUUACUGUAUGAUGUCACAUGGCAUCCGUCAUGGCAUAGAGCUGAGACAUAGAACUCUAUAUAUGGUUCCUGUGUUGGCAGAGUUUUAGUCAAACAUGACCCCAAUAUAUGAUGUCAUUACAAAUACCCAAUGCGGUAUAAUACGCUGAUGCCUGACAAAAUUCCAUUUCAAUUAAAGUAACCUUUAUCUUCAUCUGUGUUUUGUAACAUUCUCAUGUCUGCAUUAUGCCUAUGUGUGUUACCCCAGAAUGAUCCACAGAGAGACGAAGGACCAAACAAGGAUAAAAUAACAAAUAGAAUGUCUGUUUAACGAGAACAUCAUGAUUCAUCUUUUUAACGUGUCAACACAUUAAAUAUACAUUAGGUGGUAUAAAUUGAGUGUUUGUCGAUUAGAUUACAGUCCAAUAAUCUGUGUAGGUUUGCAGGCUGCCGGCACAAAUGUCGCAGAGGCCUUUUGCAUCUUUCACUGCAAUGUGCCAAUACACCCCUCAGGUGGUGAGAUUCAGUCUUGGCAGUGAAGUCGGACUGCUGGGGAGCUGAGAGGGAAAACAUGUGGUACAGGACCGGUAUCAAAGCAUAAGAGGAAAUGUAACCCCUGUCUCAUGACACUAACUGACCUUCAGACCACCUCCCUGAGCCACCAUCCGUCCUGGAAGCGUUAAUCUCAUCUCAUACAUUCAUUUGAAUCAAUGUUUGAGAUUUAAUAUGGAUUUCAUAUUUGCCUAAAAAUGUUUGAAAAAAUAAGCAUUUCCAGAAACAUGAUAUUGUUAAAUAAGAAUUGUAUUCUUAUUAUAAACUUUAUUUGAUUUGGCAAUUCGGCUGUAUUAUGCGUAACCUCAAGGUUUAUGGAGAAAUAUUGUUAUGGAGAACCUUUUCUGUAAUGUUUACGUCGAUUUUACAUACAGUUAUUCUGAUGAGGAGUAGACAAUUGAAGUUAAUGUUUCUAAAAUUAAAUGUCCGAGUUGCAAACUUGUGUGAUAGAUAGAAGUCAUUGAAUCCAAACCAUAGCCUGCUAAAUUCUGCAUGCUUUUAUUAAAUAUUCAUUACAUGAGACCCUAAUGAACACCAUCUUUACAUAGGCACUAUGUCAAUAUCAUUUAGAUUUUGGGGCGGAAAUUUGAACUUUAAAUGUUCAUAACAGUCAAAGAUCAUUCUAUUCAGUAUUUACAGCAAGCCACCUCAGUUGACUGCCUUUGAGAGCAAAGCACAUUUCAGUUGUCUGCUUUUAACGGCAAAAGACAUUUCAGAUGUCUGCUUUUAAGAGCAAAGCACAUUUCAGUUGUCUGCCUUUGAGAGCAAAGCCCAUUUCAGUUGUCUGCUUUUAAGAGCAAAGCACAUUUCAGUUGUCUGCUUUUAAGAGCAAAGCACAUUUCAGUUGUCUGCUUUUAAGAGCAAAGCACAUUUCAGUUGUCUGCUUUUAAGAGCAAAGCACAUUUCAGUUGUCUGCUUUUAAGAGCAAAGCACAUUUCAGUUGUCUGCCUUUGAGAGCAAAGCACAUUUCAGUUGGGGAGGGUGCAGCAAUGCAUCCCAGUACCGGGACAGGGGGGCAGAGGGGGUGACAUUUGAGAGCAAGGGUGAAGGCUCUUCAUGGCCCCGGAGCAAAAGGGAGGGAACGGACAGGAGGGGCCAGGGCCAGAUUGAAUUUCAGCAGGACAGCAUUUCCGAAAAAUUUCAAGACAGACCUCUCAGGAGAGAAGAGGGAAGAACAGGAUUGUGAGUGUUCAGCUGCAGACAGGUGCAAUAGUAGUCUGCAAAAAGGUCAGGGAAGUGAUAAUAAACAGUGGACGGAUCUGGAGGUGGGUCCGUCAGGGUCUGGGAACUGGGUACGACCGUACAGGGCCACGUGUCAGGUGGACAGAUGGACAUGGUGACAGACCGAAGGAGAGACGGCCUGAAGAGUCAUGGGAGACAAACAAUGUGACUUUCCGUCCCGCAAUUAGUGUCAGCGGCUGUUAUUCAUUCAACCCACAUUCUGUCUAAAUCCAAGCUGUUCUUACUACACUCACAGAGGAGAGAGGGGCCGGAGUGUGGACUAGGCAAGGAUGGAAAACAACGCCCCAGAAGGAGGUGGAAGUGGAGGAAAGAGAGACGUAGAAGAAGGUGAGAAAGACAAACACCUAGAGAACCAUCUUAACGACGAGGAGAAGGGUGAGAAGGAGAACUUAGUGGGCGAGAAGGAGAAGAGGCGGGAGAGCCACCGGUCCGGUUCACUGUGGAGGAGUGGCUGGGCACUAAGAGAACGUAUCGCUAUCAACGUCUCAGGGAUGCGCUACGAGACCCAGCUUCGCACCUUGGCCCAGUUCCCAGACUCCAUGUUAGGUGACCCCAAACGCCGGCUCCGCUACUUUGACCCAUUGCGUAACGAGCUCUUUCUGGACCGCAACCGGGCCUGCUUUGACGCCAUCCUGUACUUCUAUCAGUCGGGUGGGCGCCUCCGUAGGCCCGCAAAUGUUCCCCUGGACGUCUUUCUUGAUGAGUUGAAUUUCUACGAGCUCGGCGAGGACGUCAUGGCACGCUUCAAAGAGGACGAAGGCUUCCCUAAAGAGGAAGCCCCAGCGCUGCCCGUCAAUAAGAUCCAGCGGUAUCUGUGGAUGCUGUUCGAGCACCCAGAGUCUUCGUCGGGCGCACGCAUCAUUGCCAUCAUCAGCGUCAUGGUGAUCGUGGUGUCAAUCCUCAUCUUCUGCCUGGAGACGCUGCCCGACUUCAGGACCGAGAAGGAGCUCCGUGAGGAGUACUUCUACAAGUACCACUCCCAAGACAAGAACGUCUCCAUCGACAUGCCUCCCCCAUCCAGUGUCUUCCAGGACCCCUUCUUCCUGGUGGAGACCAUGUGUAUCUGCUGGUUCUCCUUUGAGCUGCUUAUGCGUUUCGCCUGUUCGCCCAGCAAGACACGCUUUUUCAAGGACGUGAUGAACAUCAUUGACUUUACGGCCAUCCUGCCCUUCUUCGUGACGCUGAUCACAGAGUUGUCCAGGGACGCAGAGGACGGCCCUGGAGUGUCCCUGGCCAUCAUCCGAGUGAUUCGGUUGGUUAGGGUGUUCAGGAUCUUCAAGCUGUCCCGUCACUCCAAGGGCCUGCAGAUCCUGGGCCAGACGCUGAGGGCCAGCAUGCGUGAGCUUGGCCUGCUCAUCUUCUUCCUCUUCAUUGGCGUUAUCCUCUUCGCUAGCGCCAUCUUCUUUGCCGAGUCCGACCAUAAGGACACGACGUUUGUCAGUAUCCCCGACGCAUUCUGGUGGGCCGUGGUCACCAUGACCACCGUGGGCUACGGAGACAUGUACCCCGGGACGGUCUGGGGGAAGCUGGUCGGCUCAAUGUGCGCCAUCGCCGGCGUGCUCACCAUCUCGCUGCCAGUCCCUGUCAUUGUGUCCAACUUCAGCUACUUCUACCACCGCGAGACGGAGUGCGUGGACCAAACCGAGUACGUGCACGUUAAAACCUCUCUUUGGGAGGACGAGGAGAAUGAGGAGUGGGAGGAAGGGGAUGAUGAAGAGGAUGGAGAUUAUUAUAUCAUAGAAGGUACCUGCAACCCGCUGAAUAGGACUCUGUUGGGGGGUCGGUGCGCUGGGCAGACCAGGGAGUUGAGCGGGGCAAAAAUGUACCUCUGGGAACCUCUGGUGACUCAAGUAUAGUGAUUGGUUUGACUAGGGGGUGACCUUCUGGUGUGACCCUGUCGUUGAAGGAGGUUGAAAAUAAAAGGAAGAACAGAAUUGAUUAGAGGGAUUGAAAAGGUUUAAGCGCUACGUUAAGCUGACACUGAGUUAUAAUGGGAAAGUCGCAAGAUGUGUAGUGGAAAAACGUGACGCGUUUCGGGUGCGCGUCACACUUUCCCCAGCAGGAGGAGACAUUCAACGAUUACAUUUUGUAGGGACACAGAUACAGUACUCCAGGGGCUGGGAAUUAUUCAAACCCACCAUAGCAAUGUUUACUCAGUGUCUUCGUUUACAAUAUCCGUCCCAUGCCCACACACUUCUAAUUCUGAAAAAUUAAAGCAUACUGAAGGGGUCACCCUGGUAGUAGUUAUAGGUUGUUUAUCCUGUAACCAAGACCAGGCAGUCAGUUCAUUUGUGCAUUUGAAAAAGAACUCCUGUGUAAAUGCUGUAACGUGGGUUUGAUUCAGUUCAGAUCCUAGGCUGCUUGCAGGGAAAAAAAAUAAAGAAAACGAGUAACAUGCUUAUUAUUUUCCACGGCCAUACCGUUUGUAAUUUAAGUUAUGAUUAAAUGCAACAGUAACUUGUGUUUUCUUUUAAAGAGUUGAAUCUUAGUUGUCAUUUAAUGCUAUUGAUCUGAAACCACAGUGUUGUCUCAUCUUAAAUAUAGGUUAUAACUUUUACAAAUUGUGUUUUAAUUAAUUCAAAUGUUUUAUGAAAGAGCACUUCUCAGACUAAAACUUAAAGAAGCACAGAGCACAGUGUUACAAUGUUCAACAACAAAUGACAGGUUUUAAAAGCUACUUCAACAUUCUCAAUCUGACUAUAAACUACAGUGUGCUAAUGGUGAUGUGUGACUGCUGCUCUAAAUGAUGCUUUAGAGAGAACAUUUCCUGACUGCAGGAGCUACAAAAAUGUAGCAACGUUGUGUAUCCUAGAUUGAAAGGCACUAGGAGAGUGGAGCUACAUCAUAUUGGGUUAACAUGGUGUAAAUUCCUAUGUUUCUGUAUGUGUUUUUAAUAAAGAAUAUAUUUUUUAACUUUU